GGGACAGAGACUGGAGGAGUCGCUGGAGUACCAGCAGUUUGUGGCGAAUGUGGAAGAGGAAGAAGCUUGGAUCAAUGAGAAGUUGAAUCUGGUCGGGAGCGAGGAUUACGGAGACACACUGGCCGCUGUGCAGGGUCUGCUGAAGAAGCACGAAGCGUUUGAGACAGACUUCACCGUGCACAGGGACAGAGUCAACGACGUGUGUUCGAACGGAGAGGAGCUGAUCAAGAAGAACAACCAUCACGUGGACAACAUCAGUGCCAAGAUGUCGGCUCUGCGAGGAAAAGUGUCGGAGCUGGAGAGAGCAGCAGCACAGAGGAAGUCUAAGCUGGAUGAAAACUCUGCCUUCCUGCAGUUCAACUGGAAGGCCGACGUGGUCGAGUCCUGGAUCGGUGAGAAAGAAAACAGCUUGAAGACAGACGACUACGGCAGAGACCUGUCUUCUGUGCAGACUCUGCUCACCAAGCAGGAGACAUUCGACGCCGGCCUCCAGGCCUUCCAGCAGGAGGGCAUCACUAACAUCACAGCUCUGAAGGACCAGCUGCUGGCCGCCGAGCACGUCCAAUCAAAAGCCAUCGAAGCUCGUCAUGCCGCCUUGAUGAAGCGCUGGAACCAGCUGCUGUCCAACUCAGCCGCUCGCAAGAAGAAGCUUCUCGAGGCUCAGGAACAUUUCAGAAAGGUACCGAGGACACACCUGAAGAUAAAUCGCAGCUGA